UCUCACUGCGAUCGUUUAAAGCUGCAGAGAUGUCGGUCGCGUCUAUCCAGUGCCUGAUGUUUGGUUCUGUUCUCCUGGUUCUGGUGUGUGCCGAGGUUCUGAGUGCUGAUCCAGCGCUCCUACCCAACCCUCUCCGCUCCCACGGGCCAGUUCUGGAUGUUCCCGUAGGCUUUGAGGAACACGAUGAGGUCUCGAGGGAACGCAGGCCUGGCUUCAUGGAGAGUUCUCAGGAGAGCUCUGGGUUCUUUAGUGAAGACAGCGAGGACGGCAAGAACGCUCAUAUCGAGACCAAAGACACCAGCGUUGACCUAAGUGCCAUGAAUGAGCGCUGUCUGAUGCCCAAGAAGGUGGGACCUUGUCGUGGGGCACUCCCUCGCUGGCACUUUAACCCCGUCACUAAGAAGUGCGAAAACUUCAUAUUUGGGGGCUGCAGAGAAAAUCGCAAUAACUUCCUGUCGCUGGAGGAGUGUGCCAAAGCUUGCCACACAGUCCCUGAUUACAGCCCUUCGUCCCCAGAACCACCAUCUUUGCCACUUUCUCUGAGCCAAAAGCCCACUGAGACGAAUUUCUCUUCCUCAUUGUUCGUCCCCACGACUGAGUCCAUUGACCCGGAGCAGUGGGAGAGUGAUUCAGAAUCGAGCGGCUUCCCUCUCCACCCCUCCUCCGGGCCGUCAAUCGCAGGUGCAGAAGACCACGCCCACUCCACAGCCACGCCCCCCGUCCUCCGACUCGCCCGUCAGAACCAGCCAGAGGCCACAGCUGGGCCUGACAGGCGCCUGACGUCCGACGACCCGUUUGAUGACGAGAGGGGCCGUGCGGUAACACAAGCACCCACGGCUCCUGAAAUCGGGCCCCUGCCGAGCCGGGAGCCCCUGCAGCCGGACAAACCGCACCAGGAUGAUUCUGAGGAAGAUGAGGACGAGGAAGAGGUAGUGGUUUUUCCCACCGAACCAGAUGAGGAGGAAGGGGACGAAUGGCGGUACCUCACGCCGCUCACAACCAGACCCUCGUCCUCUCCCGCUUCAGAUCUGCCGCCCGUGGUCUUCACCGAAACCGCCUGGCAGGGGGCGCCGCUCACCACACCCGAGGAUGAGGAGGGGGCGGAGCUUCGACACGGCGGGACCGAAUAUCUCGCCGAAACGGAGCUGCACGACUCAGAGCUGUCCCAGGAGGCCGAGCAGGUGAUUUGUGUCGACUGGAGCAACCUUGCAGGAAAGGGCUACGUUAUACUCAACAUGACGGACAACUUUGACUGCGAUGAGUUUCGUACGGAGAGCGGCGACAGACUCCUGGAGAUGCUGGAAAACACUUUCUCCAGAAAGAUGAACAUCCCAGAAGGCUCCUGGCUCAUUUUCCUCAGCAAACCCACACAGCAGGACCACCAGCUUCUGAUGGCCUUAGCCAGCGAGCAGGAAAUUAUCCCUCCAAAAGACGUCCUGUCAAUGUUAGGGGAAAUCACAAGAGGUCUAUAUGAGAUUGGAAUUCAGAAUUAUUCGACCGUGAACACGUGCCACCCGAGGCCCAGUCAGACACGUAGCGACUACGGAAAGCUGUUUGUGGUUCUAGUGAUCAUCGGAUCGGUUUGUGUGCUCAUUAUUGCUUCUGGAAUCAUCUAUAUCUGCUGGCAGCGUCGUUUACCCAAACUCAAAAACAUGUCGAGAGGCGAAGAGCUGAACUUUGUGGAGAACGGUUGCCAUGACAACCCCACACUGGACGUAACAAGCGACAGCCAAUCAGAGAUGCAGGAGAAGAAACACAGCGCCAAUGGGGUGACGGUGGGCGGGGACGACGGAAGCGGUUGGCAGGUGCUCGUCAAUAAGCCCGGGAAAAACGAGGAAGACAACCAAGAGGAAGACACACACCUUUACGCAAUUGCGAGUUAA